CAUGAUGAAUUGUCUGUGAGCCUCACUGUGCAGCAGGUAGCUGAGCGAAUGCAGCAAAAACACACGCUUUCACUCUUCAGUGAUGAAUGACAGCUCUCCAACAUCUGAGAACAUCAUGUUUCACCAGCUGACUGCAGAUGCUCUGAACGGUAGCUGUGACUACACCUUGCCCACGUGUAACAAUAGCGCAGGUGAAGCGGCGUUGCAGCUGCCCACUUUUUCCAUGGCGGCAAAAGUGAGGGUGAUAAUUACCUUCACUCUUUGUGCAGUGUCAGCUGUGUGCAACCUCUCCGUGCUGUGGGCUGCCAGCACCAACAACAAGCGCAAGUCUCACGUAAGAAUUUUAAUCAUGAACCUCACCGUCGCCGACCUGCUGGUGACUUUCAUCGUGAUGCCAGUGGAUGCGGCUUGGAACAUCACGGUUCAGUGGUUGGCGGGGGAUCUGGCUUGCAGAUUGCUAAUGUUUCUGAAGCUUGUGGCGAUGUACUCCUGCGCGUUCGUGACUGUGGUCAUAAGCCUGGACAGGCAGUCGGCCAUUCUCAACCCUCUGGCCAUCAAUAAGGCUAAGAAGAAGAACAAAAUAAUGCUGAGCGUGGCCUGGGUGAUGAGUGUUGUUCUCUCUGUCCCUCAGAUGUUCCUGUUUCACAAUGUGACCAUCACGGUACCAGCCAAUUUCACUCAGUGCACCACACGAGGGAGCUUUGUCAAACACUGGCAGGAGACCAUCUACAAUAUGUUUACUUUCAUUUGCCUCUUCCUGAUACCUCUGGCCAUCAUGAUCUGCUGUUACACAAGGAUCUUGGUGGAGAUCUCUCGAAGGAUGACCAAAGGAAACAUAUCGUCAAAGGAAGUCCACUUACGGCGUUCAAACAGCAACAUCCCAAAGGCCCGUAUGAGGACUUUGAAAAUGAGCAUAGUCAUAGUGACCUCUUUCAUAGUUUGCUGGACUCCAUACUAUUUGCUGGGUCUUUGGUACUGGUUCCUGCCUGAGGAUUUAGAAGAGACAGUUUCUCACUCACUUACUCACAUACUGUUUAUUUUUGGACUCUUUAAUGCGAUUCUGGAUCCCAUCACUUAUGGCCUCUUCACUAUCCAUUUUCGCAAAGGACUGAAGCGCUACUGUCGCAGCGCGGUUGUACUCACAGAGUCAGAGAAUAAUUCCAUCAUGACGGGCUCAUUGAAAUGCUCACCAUCCCCAUUUCGCAUGAAAAGAGUGACCCAGACCGGUCCAGGAGCUGACCCGGAGCAGAAUGCGGUGAGUGGGGAAGAUAAGAAGCCGGCUGACAGCGAAAGCAAGGAAUAGUGGCAACCCUACCAAUCCAGCCUUGAAAGUGUCAUUUGAUUAAAGAUACGCAUGUGACAAGGCAGGCCUUGUACUGGCUGUCUAGCUGCUCGCAAGAACAAUGAGACAACAACACACUCCAGUCUGUUCUCCUCAACAGCGCUAGACGGAUUCCAGUUGAGCCCAAGCGUGUCACAUCUUUUGAUUCGUUCGCUGAUGAGCUGCCUCAAUUACUUAUAUUUAAUACCCAUCCAUUUCCCUGACACAGGUAAUUAAGCUUUGUAAUCAUUUGCUCUUUACUAACUACGCCAAUCACACUGUAGAUUAAUUAGACUGUUUAUAAUUGUGGCUUUUGUUGAAAAUGUCAUUUACAUCAAGGGCUUUUUACAUCUCAUCUGCAGCAUCUCCACCUGCUAUCACAAAGGGCAUCGCUCUUGAAUAGCUGAAGAAAUUAGAUUCAUCUACAAACAGAUAAGAUGUGUGGAUUUACCGUUUUGAGAUAUUACAAAUGCAAAUUCGUGUACACUGGUUCUUGAAUAAUUGUCUUGUGUUAAUUGGAAGCGUUCAGUCACACCUUUUGAGGAACCCUUGAGAUGCUAUCGUUUAUUGACUUUUUUUCUGGGAUGGAUUUAGACAAAAAUUAACUAUCCCCAGUAGAUAUCGCAUUGCGCUAGUAUUACUGGGCAGCCUGAACCCAUUAGAAUAUGCGUUUAUGGUGUAUUCACGUACAUUGUUUUGUAUGUUUGGAUGUAGGCUGAAAUGUACAAUAUGAAUGUAUCAGCAACAUCUAAAAUAUAAACGUUUUAACACUAUAUACAAAGGAUUCAUAAUGUAUAUUUUGUAACUAUACAUAUUUUUGAAGCCCACUCCUACCCUAAUGCUAACCAACAAUUUACAGAACAAAAGUACAGAACAGCACCAGAAAUAUCUAAAAAGGAUUUUAGGGUCUUUUUUUAAUAUGAUAUUUUUGCAGUACUUUGAUAAUGUACGUUUGAGUGUCUAUUCAAACAUACUUAAAUAUGCAUGUGCGCUAGAACCAUGCUUUACAUUACGAAUACCAACAAACUUAUGAAGUGACACUGCACUGAGGCCAACACCAUACCGUACGACAAACUAUUUAGCUUUAAAAUGAUAUUUGAUUGCUCAUGAAUGUGUUUACAUCAUACUUCUCAGGGAAGGUGCUUCUUUUGUCACAGGGUACUGAAGUCCAACUGGAGACUGACAAACUGUAAAGCUUUCCUCAUUUUAGUGUCAGGUGAAUACUAUCAUUUCUGUUGACGUGACGUUACGUGUUCUGACAGUGCUCUAUAAUCAGCAGAACCAUGAUCAAUGCCGUGUGCUCGAAUGUUUCUGAAAGAGUCACGUGACAUCCAACAGUUGUGCUUCUUGUGUUUGCCAUGUCACUACAGGAUGUACUUAGGCCUUAAUGACCUAGAUUUUCAACUUCAGUAAAUGGAAUAGCCCUGCGAGAAAGUGUACCGAGGAGGAAAAUGAAAGGGGGGUCCUAUCAGUCAAUCUUUCAUGGGUGAAGGGAAAAUAUAUUUAUGCAUACACAGUAUCCGGUCAUUACUGUAAGUGAACUGCGGCUGCACUUUAAUGUUCUCAGACGGAAACAUUAGUACACAUUGUUGCUACAACUGUGCCUGGUGCAAUAGGGCUUAAAAUGUAUUUACGUAUUUUCUCAUUCUAUCCAUAUAUAUGUAUUUGCUGAAGAGAAGGAUUAAGAGAUUACAUGGAGCAAAAACAUUGCUGCAUCAUGGUGUGAAUAUGAUAUGGUAUUUAUAUGAACUGUUGACAUUAAUCUAAAGAGGUGACAGUGUUAAAAACCUUAUUUAAAUGCAUGAUGCCAAUGUGUUUAUGAAAAGAAGAAAGGUAAAGCUUUUCUUUUCUCUUGUUGUGCAUGGCGAUGAUAUUGUAUUGCGUGUCCUUACAUUGUUUGUUCUGGGUUACGUGGAGCAGUAAUAAACGUAUGUUAAUUUAGAAA